UGCUGUAUGUAAAUCUCUGCUUCCUCUAUAUCCGCUCAGCGCUGUAUAUAAAUCUCUGCUUCCUCUCUCUCCGCUCAGCGCUGUAUGUAAAUCUCUGCUUCCUCUAUCUCCGCUCAGCGCUGUAUGUAAACCUCUGCUUCCUCUAUCUCCGCUCAGCGCUCUGUGUAAACCUCUGCUUCCUCUAUCUCCACUCCGCUCAGCGCUGUAUGUAAACCUCUGCUUCCUCUAUCUCCGCUCAGCGCUCUGUGUAAACCUCUGCUUCCUCUAUCUCCGCUCAGCGCUGUAUGUAAACCUCUGCUUCCUCUCUCUCCGCUCAGCGCUAUAUGUAAAUCUCUGCUUCCUCUAUCUCAGCUCAGCGCUGUAUGUAAAUCUCUGCUUCCUCUCUCUCUGCUCAGUGCUGUAUGGAAACCUCUGCUUCCUCUCUCUCCGCUCAGCGCUUUAUGUAAAUCUCUGCUUCUUCUAUCGCCGCUCAGCGCUGUAUGUAAAUCUCUGCUUCCUCUAUCUCCGCUCAGCGCUGUAUGUAAAUCUCUGCUUCCUCUAUAUCCGCUCAGCGCUGUAUGUAAAUCUCUGCUUCCUCUAUCUCCGCUCAGCGCUGUAUUUAAAUCUCUGCUUCCUCUAUCUCCGCUCAGCGCUGUAUGCAAAUCUCUGCUUCCUCUCUCUCUCCGCUCAGUGCUCUAUGUAAAUCUCUGCUUCCUCUUCCUUAGCACUGUAUGUAAAUCUCUACUUCCUCUCCACUUAGUGCUGUAUGUAAACCUCUGCUUCCUCUAUGUCCGCUCAGCGCUGUAUAUAAACCUCUGCUUCCUCUAUAUCAGCUCAGCGCUGUAUGUAAACCUCUGCUUCCUCUAUAUCCGCUCAGCGCUGUAUGUAAAUCUCUGCUUCCUCUCUCUCCGCUCAGCGCUGUGUGUAAAUCUCUGCUUCCUCUAUCUCUACUCAGGGCUGGAUGUAAAUCUCUGCUUCCCCUUCCUUAGCGCUGUAUGUAAAUCUCUACCUCCUCUCCGCUCAGCGCUGUAUGUAAACCUCUGCUUCCUCUAUAUCCGCUCAACGUUGUAUAUGAACCUCUGCUUCCUCUAUCUCCGCUCAGCGCUGUAUGUAAAUCUCUGCUUCCUCUAUAUCCGCUUAGCGCUGUAUGUAAAUCUCUGCUUCCUCUAUCUCCGCUCAGUGCUGUAUGUAAGUCUCUGCUUCCUCUAUCUCCGCUCAGCAAUGUAUGGAAAUCUCUGCUUCCUCUCUCUCCGCUCAGUGCUGUAUGUAAAUCUCUGCUUCUUCUUCCUUAGCACUGUAUGUAAAUCUCUACUUUCUCUAUCUCCGCUCAGCGCUGUAUGUAAAUCUCUGCUUCCUCUAUAUCUGCUCAGCGCUGUAUGUAAACCUCUGCUUCCUCUAUCUCCGCUCAGCGCUGUAUGUAAAUCUCUGCUUCCUCUAUCUCCGUUAAGCGCUGUAUGUAAAUCUCUGCUUCCUCUCUCUCCGCUCAGCACUGUAUGUCUGUAUGUAAAUCUCUGCUUCCUCUAUAUCUGCUCAGCGCUAUAUGUAAAUCUCUGCUUCCUCUAUCUCCGUUAAGCGCUGUAUGUAAACCUCUGCUUCCUCUCUCUCCGCUCAGCGCUGUAUGUCUGUAUGUAAAUCUCUGCUUCCUCUAUAUCUGCUCAGCGCUAUAUGUAAAUCUCUGCUUCCUCUAUAUCUGCUCAGCGCUGUAUGUAAACCUCUGCUUCCUCUAUCUCCGCUCAGCGCUGUAUGUAAACCUCUGCUUCCUCUCUCUCCGCUCAGUGCUGUAUGUCUGUAUGUAAAUCUCUGCUUCCUCUAUAUCUGCUCAGCGCUAUAUGUAAAUCUCUGCUUCCUCUAUCUCCGCUCAGCACUGUAUGUAAACCUCUGCUUCCUCUAUUUCCGCUCAGCGCUGUAUGUAAACCUCUGCUUCCUCUAUAUCCGCUCAGCGCUGUAUGUAAAUCUCUGCUUCCUCUUCCUUAGCGCUGUAUGUAAAUCUUUACUUCCUCUCCACUCAGUGCUGUAUGUAAAUCUCUGCUUCUUCUCUCUCCGCUCGGCGCUGUAAGUAAACCUCUGCUUCCUCUAUAUCCGCUCAGCGCUGUAUGUACAUUUCUGCUUCGUCUAUCUCCGCUCAGCGCUGUAUAUAAACCUCUGCUUCCUCUAUAUCCGCUCAGCGCUUUAUGUAAAUCUCUGCUUCCUCUAUAUCCGCUCAGCGCUGUAUGUAAAUCUCUGCUUCCUCUCUCUCCGCUCAGCGCGUAUGUAAAUCUCUGCUUCCUUUCUCUCCACUCAGCGCUGUAUGUAAAUCUCUGCUUGCUCUAUCUCCGCUCAGUGCUGUAUGUAAAUCUGUGCUUCCUCUAUCUCCGCUCAGCGCAGUAUGUAAAUCUCUACUUAGUCUCUACUCAUCACUGUAUGUAAAUCUCUGCUUCCUCUCUCUCCGCUCAGCGCUGUAUGUAAAUCUGUGCUUCCUCUAUCUCCGCUCAGCGCUGUAUGUAAACCUCUGCUUCCUCUAAAUCCGCUCAGCGCUGUAUGUAAAUCUCUGCUUCCUCUCUCUCCGCUCAAUCUAAAUCUCUACUUCCUCUCUACUCAGUGCUGUAUGUAAAUCUCUGUUUCCUCUCCACUCAGUGCUGUAUGUAAAUCUCUGCUUCCUCUCUGAUCGGGGCUGUGUGUAAAUCUCUGCUUCCUCUCCGCUCAGAGCUGUCUGUAAAUCUCUACAUUCUCUCUACUCAGUGCUGUAUGUAAAUCUCUGUUUCCUCUCUGCUCAGCUUUUUAUGUAAAUCUCUACUUCCUCUCCUCUCAGCACU